GCCGCCGUAGCAGUUUCAUGUAAGGUCGUCAGGCUUGCCACAUUUCAAAUUUCAACGCAGCUUUAGAAUUAUUUAGCUCAGACAGUGGUUGAAAUGCAAUUCGUUCGCAUUUUCUGACAGAAACAAGCUUUUAAAUCAGUAGUAGCGACGUGUUCGAUUAGAAAAAAGCUCUUCAGUCGGCGCUUUUCCUAGUUUUAUUUUAGUGGCUCUAGUUGAGUGGUUGUAUAGUUUGCGCAAACUAUUUCAAAGUUUGUCAUGGUGCUUCGCAGGGCUGGCUUUAAUUGGGGGUCCUAGUAAUGGAUUAUUUUCCGAGGAGUUGCAAAUGGAACUUCAAUUUAUAGUAAAGUUUUUAAAUGAAUACUUUUAGAGAGUGGUUUCAGUGCGUUUCUGUGUUUUAUGCUGUGCCUUGUGAUUAUAUACAAUAUGUACAUGAAAGUGUUUGUGUGAUAAGUUGCUGAGGAGUACAUUAAAGGGUGACGGUGCCAUGGCCUGGCAUGGGAAGGUCCGGCCCGGCCUGCUUCUUCUCCUCUUUUCUUUCGUUGUUAUAUCGGAGGCAAUGGCCAAAAGUAUAGAAGUUUACCGAUAUGAGACGGCAUACGCGUGUGAAGGCAAGACACUCAAAAUUGAAUGCAAAGAAGGCGAAUUGAUAAAGUUGAUCCGGGCUAAUUAUGGUCGAUUUUCGAUAACGAUCUGCAACGACCAUGGAAACACCGACUGGAGCGUGAACUGCAUGUCGCCAAAAUCUUUGAGGGUUUUGCAUGGGAGGUGUACCCAUUAUCAGAACUGCAGCAUCCCGGCGAGCACAAGUAUGUUCGGAGAUCCUUGUCCUGGCACACACAAAUACCUUGAGGCCCAUUACCAAUGCCUACCUGCAACAACAACGACAACAACAAGCCGGCCGAGCCCUCCCUGGUUGAUAACAUCUCAGCCCCCAAUGUGGAGUACCGUGAAGCCAUCAGCACGACCACCUCCUCCCCCUCCCAAAGUGUCGGCAACGCCACCCCCGCGAACAACAACAGUAACAUCAACGACGAUUACACCUUCCUCAAAUCCUUCACCUCCAAUCCCUCCAAUUAUCCCCAGCGAUGCUGAUAAAGAAGACGAGCCGGAGACUGAAGCAGACUUUGUUAAACCUAUCCCUGAUGAGAUAACAACACUGCCAUAUACUACAGUAACGCCUAAAAAAGUCACUUCCGAAAGUACCUAUCCUAAUACAUAUAUACCAGCACCAAGUGUACUGCCAUCGUGGACCAAAGAUUCAGACUCGAGCCGGUGUAGUCCGAAGACAUUCCGGAGUAUUUUGUGGAAUUGGACGAAGGUUAAUUCGACAGAUAUCCAGCCGUGUCCUGGCGGAACCACAGGUUUUGCAAAGUGGCGCUGUAUCGAAGUGAAUUCGGUUCCAACAUGGCACCCGUCAACGCCGGAUUUGAGUCAGUGUCGUUCCGUUUGGUUGACCAGUUUAGAGCAGAGGAUUAUGGCAGGGAGAGACCCUCUAGUUUCGAUAACAAACGAUUUAGCUCAAGUUACAAGUAGUAAAACCUUGUACGGGGGUGACAUGAUGAUCACUACGAAAAUAAUCCAAAAGAUGGCUCAAAAAAUGUCGCAGGACAUACAAACGUUCCCUGAUACCAGGCAGCGCGAGGCUAUAGUUACCGAAAUGUUAAAUGACGUUGUCAAGACUGGUAGUAAUUUAUUAGAUUCGUCGCAGCAUCCGUCAUGGCGAGACUUGAGUUAUAAAGAACAAAUGAGAGUCGCAACGUCUCUCUUGAUUGGUUUAGAAGAAAACGCGUUUCUUCUCGCUGAUACUGUUACAAGAAAAAAGACUGUUGACCAAAUCGUCAAAAACAUAAUGUUAUCGGUGCGUGUUUUGGAAACUAAGUCCGUCACCACCGAGGUUUUCCCUUCGGACAACAAGUGGUCUGCGAGCAACGACUCGAUCGAGUUGUCGCAAGGAGCCCUUCAAGAAAACAGCGACGGCGGCUUUAUUCGAUUAGUUUUCGUCGCGUUCGACCGUUUGGAGGAGAUUUUACAAUGGCAACCUGAUUCCUCCGAAAGUAACACUAAUGUAACUCGAAUGUUAAAUAGCAAAGUGAUUUCGGCAAGUUUGGGGAAGGGACGUCAUAUCCAAUUGAGAGAGCCGGUUAGAUUGACGCUGAGACAUUUACAAACUGAAAACGUCAGUAAUCCGUCUUGUGUCUUCUGGGACUACACUUCCAGCGCCUGGUUGGAGGAGGGCUGCCGCGUCGAGUUCACAAACAGGUCACAUACCGUAUGUCUUUGUGACCAUUUGACGAAUUUCGCCAUCCUAAUGGACGUUCAUGCGAUACAACUCCCGAUACCACACCAAAUCGCCUUGAAAAUCAUCACUUUAGUUGGCUGUAUCAUCUCUAUUGUAUGCCUGAUUUUAGCAAUAAUAACUUUUCAGUUAUUUCGCGGCCUCAAGAGUGACCGAACAACAAUACAUUGCAACCUAUGUAUCUGCCUCUUGAUCGCCGAACUAAUCUUUUUAAUCGGUGUAGACCAGACUGACAACAAAAUCGUAUGCGGUGUUAUCGCCGGAUUUUUACAAUACUUUUUCUUGUGUGCUUUUAUAUGGAUGUUCUUUGAAGGUUUUCAAUUGUACGUGAUGCUGAUUGAAGUGUUUGAAGCUGAGAAGUCGAGAGUGAAAUGGUAUUAUUUUUUCGCUUAUGGAUUUCCGUUGGUAAUCGUGCUUGUAUCAGCGGCAAUUUACCCUCAAGGAUAUGGCACUGAACAACACUGUUGGCUUAAAACGAACAACUAUUUUAUUUAUAGCUUCGUUGGGCCUGUGACUCUAGUGCUUGUGCUGAACCUUAUUUUCCUAGCAAUGGCUGUUGUCAUGAUGUGCCGACACGCGACUGCUUCUGUGUCAAUUAAAAACAAGGAGCACUCACGUCUAGCAAGUACCAGUGGAAAGGAAGAAAAUGCACUUCAAACCAAAUUUCAAGCUCACUUGGCCUGGUUAAAAGGUGCAAUAGUCUUGGUAUUUCUCCUAGGCUUGACUUGGACCUUUGGUUUCCUAUUUAUCAACCAGGAGUCAGUCGUGAUGGCUUACCUAUUUGCGUUGUUAAACUCCCUUCAAGGUUUCUUCAUCUUCUCAUUCCACUGUGUACAAAACGAGAAGGUUCGUAAGGAGUAUCGCAAGUUUAUUCGGCGACAUUCCUGGCUGCCGAAAUGUUUGCGUUGUUCAAAGCCAGGUGGUGGCGCUGGCAGCAGUAGUGGAAGUUCCGGAUUAAACAAAGAGCGAAGGACAAGUAUAUACGCUGGUUCAAAUGGCAACCCAUCUGGUACAAAUUCGCAUUCGACCGAUAAUUCCGUCUUAUCACCACAUGGAACUAGUUUGCAGCGCGAUUGGAACUCCCGGAGUUGCAGCAACGUGAAUCGCUGCGGCCGAACACCUGUGUCCACCUCUACUUCGGGCAACACGGCUGCUACUCUGUGUCGCCCACCCCGAGACGGCACACAAACACCCCCACCUAUUCUUGAACCUCCAAACACCUCCACGUUACCUUACAUUCGUAAUUUUUAUAAAAACUCCACAAUCACUCCAAAUUUACCCAAAUCGGCCUCCACUUGGGGUCCUCUUCACAAACCCUUACACUGGAAGAACAUUUCUUUUAAGUCAUAUAGUCGUGAUUCGGGUCAUGGAGGAUCAGAACAAGAGGACUCGCCCAGAUCACAUCCAAUUGUAGCCGAUACAAGGCUCAACAAUGCCAAAGAUGCUCGUCGUCAAGCAUACAUCUCGUCGGAUUGCAAUCAAGCUAUAGUAGAAAAUAACGUUCAGUUAAAUUUUCCUGAUUACCACCGAAGACAUGAUACGAUACCGCACCCCAAGCAUCCCCCUUUGCCUCAAAGUCUGCAACUGCAUGGAACUCGUAAAAAAAACGGUAAUUUUGCGAAAUCGGGGGGUAAUCACUGGAGUCACCAUACCUAUACCGAGAUUUACGACGGGAGAACUCCUCGAGGCCUCGCUCCUGAAGAUGACCCUGUGUACGAGGAGAUUGAGAGGAACGAGAUCCAGGUUAGUGAUAUGAGUGACGAGGAUGGGAAGAGGCAGAGUGAUAUGAGUCGACAAUCAUCGCGUUCGUACGGGGAUCAUCGGCCGUUGAUCCCGUACAGUCCCGGAACGGACCGGAGCAUCCUCGAAGCUGUCAAGAAAGAGCAUAGUCGGUAUCCGCAAGACGUCGACGGCUACAGGAUGAGGCCCAAUAUAUACCGAGGAGACACCGUGCGGUCGCUAGCGGCCGUUUUAGACGGCGAAACAGUUGUGUGCCAUUUAGAACCACCCGAGAUGUACCCACGUGACCCGUAUACGUCCCGAACUCUGGUCCUACCCCAGUAUAGUGAGAGUUAGGAAACUGCCAUUCGCAAGUGAAUAUCUGUGAUUUACACAUGAUCAAACUUUUCGGUCAUUAUAUUUAAGUUAGAAAAGCUCAGCUUGAUUGAAUGAAGGAAAGUGAUAAUUUUAUAGUGAACUAUUUUAAUAAAGUAUUUAUGUGAAUACGAAUGUCUCUUAGAUGUGAGUUAUUCCAGUCAACUUGUUACGUGUUUUAAUUAUUUUUUUUACAUGUUUUCUUUUUCGUUUUCCAUUCCUGGACAAUGAGCGGCGAUUUUUGAUCAAAUCGAAAUUUUUGUAGCGGUUAUUAAGCCAUAUUUAGCCAGCACAUAAUGUAAAUAUAGAAACAAUUUCAUCUUAAUAUAGCUCAGCACUUCUCCUACCUUCCAAAACGAAUACUUAUUUAUUUAUUAUUGUAUUUAAUUUUUCAGUUGUAAAACAUUAACUGUCUUGAAAUGAUUGUUUUUUCGGAUUUAAUUAGGAAAAAAUGUAUUUAUGUUAAAUUGUAUAUAUUGUAUAGAGCUUUGUACAUGUUGAUUGAAUGGUAUGAUAUUAGUCAGGCAUAAAAUUGUUAUUAUUGCUAUGUCCAUUAACACAUAGCUAAAAUAAACAAUACACCAUUAUACAAAACAAUGUAUUAAAUUUUAAAAUUAAAUCACAAAGUCUGACCAAUAAAUUAAUUUUCUUGUA